AUGCUGAGACCGCUGACACGUGUCCUGAUCUCGCAGAAAAUGCUCUCUUCAUACCUGAAGGCCCUAGACCGAUACGGGACAUCGAAAUCUCUAACCUUCUGCAACUCCCACCAAUCAACAUGCGCUGGCCUUAUCCGCUGGACUUCUAUAAACCACCUCCACCACCCCAGAUUGACCCGGCGCACGCACAGCGAAGGAACAGAUCCAGACAGAAAUCCACAAGACCAGCAGGCACCUCACGCUGACCGUGCAGACAACAAGACUACAGACCCCCAAAAGGACAGUGAACUCUAA